AUGUUAAUGAUUCAUUUUUGUUACGUAGAACAUUUGGAUUUUGUAAAUACCGUAGAAACAGAUCUCGAACUUAGCCAAUUUAAGCAGUUGGGACAUGAUUAUAUUUGAUACCAAAGUCUUACGGAUGUGCCUAAGGCUUUAACUUAUUCAGAAGAUGUAAAAGAUUACUCCAAUUAUAUGACGGAACCACUGUGCGACGUAUUAAAUGAGAUUCGUAAUAAUACAAAUCUUUAUUCUUUGUGUCAACUUUACGGUAUUGUGUUAAAACGAAAGGGUGUUGAUUACAAAAUUAAUGGAAUAACAGUUUGCGAUCAUUUGAGAUCAGUAUACCAACAAGCUGGCAGUCUUAGAUAUUGGAUAGUUGUUCGUUACGGCAGCAGCUUAUUGAAUCAUACAGUUGACAGUAUCAGCCCUUUCAUCACAGGUGUUCUUGUUAAAGGAAAGCAGAUAACAGUUGGAGUAAUCGGACACGAAGAAACAGUAUUUAAUAAACCAAUGACACCAACAGAAAUCCAGUCAGUUAUGUAUUCUACUAUUCAGCCACAUAACGUGGUGCAAGCUGUACUUCAACAAGAGGUUCUUUUAUACUGUGGUAGACUUAUUGGAAGGGAUCUAGAAAUGUUUAAAGGAAUAUUAAAAAUUCGUAUUGGAUGGGUUUUAGAAGCAAUGAAAGUUUACUUACAAAUGUUCGUUAAAGAUUCUAAACCAAUUGAUGAUUACAGCCCUUACGAAAUUCAUCGAUUGUUAAUAAAAGUAUUAACGGUUAAAGAUUGGGCUAAAAGCGAAUGCCUUACAGUUUUGGAGCGCAGAAAAAUUGAAGGUUGCCUAUGCAGAGUACCUGUACAUUUUUAUAAUAACGUCUGGGAAGUACUGUUACGCUGUCCAGGUGGUAUCAGUGUUAAUGGAGAAGAAUUACCUCAACAACGCACUCUAUUUAACAUGAGUAGGUCAGAAAUUACGCUUGCUCUGCUUGUUGAAUCGUUGCUUCAUCACAUACAAUUACCAGAAUAUCGUCAAAUUAUUGUAGAGCUACUUACUACAGUCUCAGCAAUUUUACUUCGAAAUCCAGAGUUGAGUUUUCAGAAACAACUAAAUCUCAACGAACUCGUUGAAAAUGGCUUCCAAAUAUACUGUAAGGAUCAUAAUUUGGAGAAAGCUACUGAUAAAACUGCUUUCUUUUCCGCCCACCAUUUGAUAACUACAGGAUAUCUCGCUAGGGCUGUAGUUUAAUUACAGGAUGUUUUUCAACUACUCGCGACAUUGACGAUGCAAUUGAAAAUACCGAAUCAUGCAAAAUUUCAUAAUCGUAUAGAAUUGAUUCCCGUAAAAAAAAAGAAUUAUAUCCUUUUUAAAUGCGUCGAACAAAAUUAUAUUUAUUAUAUAAGAAUGUUACCAUAUUUGCUGAAUAUAUCUAUAUUUCUUAAUUAUAGCAGAGUUGUUCUUACAAGCACAACGACAUACAAAAGUACUAGUAUCCUUGUCUAAAAAUUCGUAUUCGUGAAGUGAAAUUGAUUUGAAUAACGUUAUUACACACUUAUUAUAUGCUAAAAUUAUCAUAUAAUAAAAUUAUCAGUUGUUAUUCACGAAUUAAUUUUGUAUAUAUACAUAUAUUUAAAGAAUGAAUUAUUCGACUGUAUUAACUUGAUAACAGUAACAAACUAAAUAGUAGAAUAGUACAAGUAUAAUAAGUCUUAUGAUUAAAUCAUAAGACCUAUUGACGUAUUGAUUGAUUUUUUUAUAUAUAUUGCAGUUUAUGUUCGUUUCUAUCAUUUCGAUGAGACGGAAACGGCUUUAUACAAUAAUAAUCUGAAAACUGCAACGUUUCUGGAAAUAAUCCUUACCUGGUUUCAUAAAGGAGGGUGUGUUAAAUAUAUUCACCUUAUUAUUAUUUGGAAUGUUGGAUUUUGUGGAAUCUGAACGAUACCCCUUGUCAGACAAAGGAAAUUUUGAAAAUAGCUUCAUUUACUGCAUCAUUAUUUUUGUCUAGACAUUAUGUACCGUGGUUAUUAAUGGAAGGACUGAUUC